AUGAAGCGCGAAGCCGAUUGGGUUGAGAAUGGACCCGAUAUCCUCCAAGAUCUAUUCGGAAACUACGUCCCAGCCGACCUGGUAACAGCCGGUGCUUCACCAGAAGCGAUGCGCAAUCUGAUGGACGCGUCUCAAGACAUCGCAUCUCGGUUUGAAGGUAUCCGAGACGCGUGGGAAGCGACACAGUUUACUGGAUACGGCGAGGCAGUCAGCCUCAUCGCGAAACACAUCUACGGACUUGACGAACUAACCGGUGAUGCACUUGCAACCGCACAGGGAAAACUGAAAACGAUUCGUACCCCAGGGAAACGUUACCACAUCUUACACGACCUCGCGAACCUCGAUCACAUUCAAACAGAUGAUUUCAGUUGGCAGUGCACACCAGACACAUCCGGUCCGGAUUUUUUUCUCUACGAUCUCUCAUGGGCAACAUUCUGUAACGGACAGGUUGAUCCGAGUGCUAUCCACGCUGAGACAGGUGUUGAAGUCAACGACCUCGCUUCCCUCAAGCACGCUAUGGCGGCGAUUUUCGCCAAGCAUGCCGCGUGUGCUAUCGCUGUAAAAUCACAACACGCUUACAACCGCACACUCAACUGGAUCGAAAGGAGCGAUGCUGAGGCUUCUACUGCCCUGAAUGCUGUGCUCACAAAACCUGCCGCAGAGGUUGAUGAAGCGACGCAGCUCUGUCUCGGCGAUUGGUGCUGGGCGCGAGGCGUUGAACUCACGAUUGAACACAAUCUCCCUUUCAAAAUUCACACCGGUUAUUAUGCUGGCAACGAUCGGAUGCCAGUGCGACGCAUCCCUGCCAGCAAUAUGUGUGCCCUCUUCGCUCGGUAUCUCGAUGCCAAGUUUGUAUUGAUGCACAUCUCCUACCCUUAUAACGAUGAACUGGUCGCACUCGCCAAGCAUUAUCGUAAUAUUUGGGUUGACUUCUGCUGGGCGUGGAGUAUUGAUCCGUAUAGUUCGCGUGAUUUCCUCCGUCGGUGUGUCCAUGCCGUACCGUCAAAUAAAUUGUUCGCUUUCGGCGGCGAUACGGGGUGGCCGACCAGUGCCAUGGCGUAUGCGAUUCAAGCGAGAAACGAAAUUCGACGCGCCCUUGAAGCCGAGAUUGCGGACGGUUACCUCACAGAAAAACAGGCAAUAGCGUUUGCAACCCGGAUUAUGAAUACAAACCAGUACGACUGCUUCGAUAUAAGUGGCACCCGCUCGAACAUUGUGAAAGCGGCAUAA